AUGCCUCCAGUGUGUCGUGAGAAGUCCAAAAUCUGGGACAAUGAUAUACAAAAAAACAUUGCCUUGAAUAAACCGUCCUGGCAAAGUAAGCAAUACGAAUAUUAUCCAGGUGAUCCUAGAACACAUGCAAGUAAUGGCGUCGACGGAUUCAAAAAGGACCUCUCAUCUACAGGUGGACAAUGCGUCAUAUCCGGUAAUAAUCUUCCCACUGCCACCUGGUGGGUAAAUCUGACAUCAAUUCUCAGUAUACAUCACAUCACAAUUUACUACAGGACGGAAAAUAUUAAGUGGGGUUGUCCAACGUCUGGAUAUUUUGGUCCUGAUUGUUCCCUUAGAUGUCAUACAAACUGCCAGGAAUACUGUAACAUCGAGACUGGGGUUUGUUUAGGAUGCAAACCAGGCUAUGUUGGUCAAUAUUGUGACAAAGAAUGCAGUGGAAGACGUUUCGGACAGAAUUGUGAAGAUUUUUGUGGAGACUGUCUAGACUUUGAACAGUGCCAUCACGUUAAUGGGAAGUGUCAAAACGGAUGUGAACGAGGUUAUCAGGGAACCAGAUGUACUGAAAUGUGUCCAAUUGGAUUCUAUGACAAAAGCUGUGAGAAGAAAUGUAGCCCGAAUUGCCUCUACUCCAACAGAUGUGACUCGAAAUCCGGUGUAUGUCAGGGGGGCUGCAAAACGGGUUGGGAAGGUGUCCUUUGUGACAAAGACUGCAACAAGAAGAAUGGAACGAACUGUAACAUACGAUGUGGACACUGCCGAGGAGGAGCCGUGUGUAAUCAGAUUAAUGGAGUCUGUCCCAAUGGAUGUGCUGCGGGAUACAUGGGAGAAAGUUGUACAAGAGAAUGCGACAGUGGUUGGUAUGGUUUGAAUUGUAAGCAGAAAUGUAGUGCAUAUUGUAACGAUACUGGAGUUUGUGAUCACGUGACUGGGUCCUGUAAAGAUGGUUGUAAAAGUGGAUGGCAAGGAGUGAAUUGUUUUGAAGACUGUGAAAAAUCCUUAACUGUCGAGAGCGGAAACCAGAAAGAAAAGAUGUACGAUACCCUUGGUAGCAAUACCAGUCGUGCUGACGAGAAAGAGGAAGAAAUCGACAUGCCUUUGCAAACAGCCUAG